ACUCAUCAGCUCAUUAGUAGAAAUCGCAAGACCUGAAAUGGGUGUGUCGGAUACAGGGAGACAUACAAAAUGUGAGGUGCUAGGAGUGAUUGCAGUACCGGUUUGAGAACCACUGCUAAAGUACAGCAUAUUACAAAAAGCCACAGUAUCCGUCAUAAGAGAGCAUAGUGUCUAAAGGGAACAAACCCGAGAACGAAGUCUUUAGCCUAUCUGUCCAUUUCGAAUCAAACCGCAUUACAUCGUACUUUAAAAUACCCUAAACGAUUACAUAAGUCAUAUAAGUUAUUAGUCGUCCAAACGGUGCAUUUACGGAGAGACCAAUCACUUUCUCAAAAACCCAACGUCCUCUAAAUUAAAUAUAUGAGAAGACAAAGAACGUUGGAAGUGUUCGCACCUGGCACAGACUUGCACAUCUCAUUCCGUUCUCUCAGACCGAGGCUGUUGCUCAGCGCUGCUCAGUCGCGUACGUCUCACUGACACAGAACGGUUUUGUUUUUCCAUCUUGUUCUAUACGGAUUCAUACGACAAAGUUCUUUAUAUUGUGAGUAAAGCAACUAAAGGACAGAUGGAAAAAGGCAAAGUGCUUCUUUCACUAUUAAUUGUCAAUAUUAUUGGCAUACUAGUUUUAGUGCACAUGAACAGUCAUACAUAUUACAUACAAGCUCCUGAAACAAUAAAAGCUCUUCCAUCAAAUAAUAAAUUCAAAAUCCCGGAGGCUUCAUUUUUAAUAACACCCAUCAAAGACUCAAAGCAUUUCAUGGUGUCUGCGUUUAUCGACCACAGACUGGAUGGGGUCAUUCGAGUCAUCAGCAUAAUCAACAGAAACAGUCUUCAGCCGCUUUACUGUGUUUACUGCAGCGCUGAACGAGUCUGCAGAACUGUUCACACUGAGGUCCAGAUACACAGAGACCAUUUUAGCUUCCCGUAUGGUGCCUCAGAUGUGAUUUGUAAAGGUAAACACAAACAAAAUGCAACUCAUGUCAUCAUAACAACUGACAAGAAAGAUUCAGCUGACCUCAAAAUGGAAUAUCUGCCAAUAAAAAAUAAGGCUGUACAAGAGACUUUCAAGUUUAACUUCACCGUUUGCAUCUCUAACCUUUUUGGCGACUACAACAAUGUACUGCAGUUUGCUCAAACGAUGGAAAUGUACAAGCUUCUGGGAGUACAGCAUGUGGUCAUCUAUAAAACUGGUUGUGGACCAGACUUGGAAAAGCUCUUAAAACAUUAUGAAACAGAGGGGAUACUGGAGAUCGUCCCAUGGCCUAUCGACCAGUUUCUGAACCCUGCAUCAGGCUGGAACAUCAAGCACCACAAGGGCGACAUUCAGUAUUAUGGUCAGUUAGUAACACUCAACGAGUGCAUUUACAGGCACAUGUACCAGUCCAAGUACGUCCUCCUGAAUGACAUUGAUGAAAUCAUCAUGCCUUACAAACACACCAGUUUACCAUCUCUAAUGGAGGACCUCCAGUCUACUCAUCCCAGUAUAGGGGUGUUCCUCAUAGAGAACCACAUUUUCCCUAAAACACAGUUUGAGGAGAGUGGCAAGUUCAAACGAGGAGAAUGGAAUAAUAUUCCUGGUGUUAACAUCAUGGAGCACAUUUACAGAGAACCAAGUCGAAAAAACAUUUACAAUCCCACCAAGAUGAUUGUCAACCCAAGGAAGGUAGAACAAACUUCGGUACACUCCUCUUUGAAAAACUUUGGAGGCAGUUUCCAUGUACCAUUUAAUGUUUGUAGGAUUGUACAUGUGAGAGUCCCACUGCAGGGGCAUCUUACCAAAGAGCAACUGUUUGUAGACAAAAGAGUCUGGGACUUUGAGCAAGAACUGAUACAGAACGUUGACCAGACUUUGAAACUUUCUGGCUUCCCGAAGGCUUCUAUUUGACAUGUUUGUAUAGGAUUAAUGUAAAUAUGCAAAUAUAGCCAAAACUGUAUUUUCAAAAUGUUAUUGAUUUUCUUUUUCUUUUUUACUUAAGAAACACAGUCAUUAAAAUAAUAAUGCAUUUGAGUUGUUGUCACUGGCCCAAUGGUUCAACUGUCAAAUAAAAUGCUUUAAAAAAAAAAAAAAA